UUCUUCUGCGUAAUAAUUUGACUAGCAAUCUUUCGGCGAGAAACAUCUAUCUUCGAUAGAUAUCUUCAAUAGAUAUCUUCGAUAGAUAUCUGUCCUUGUGUUUCGCGAUAACAUGACACAUAUAUAUAUAAGCCGGUCCGUCUAAAUUCGAUCAGUAACACAUUUAAACGAAUCGAAGACGUGUUCAUAGGAACAAUUCGACCGAUACGUUUCUUAAAUUCGGAUUGAGCAGAGGACAAACGAUGAAGGGAAUAUAUGUAAUCACCAUCGCCUUCCUGGCAUUUGGGGCUGUCAGCGCCGCAAACAUUGAUCGAGAUCUACUUGCACCGCCUGCAUCGAAGGAAGUUCCCUCCGACGAUGAACCCCAAUUAUCACAUUGUACAAAUCCUUCAGGUGUAAUCGAUGAGAAAAGGAUUCACGAAUGUGACUGCGCUAAGUAUUAUUUAUGUGCUGGUGAUUUGGGUUGGGUCUUGGUACAAUGCCAAGGUGGUCUACAUUUUAGUAGCGCAAGAAAAGUAUGCGUAGCACCAAACGAGGCUGAUUGCUUGCCCAAACUUAAUGAAAAUAACGAAAAAUCUGACAAACUAGUCGAAGCUCAGUCUUAAAAAUGAAUGGUGCCACAAGUGUAGUUGCGGAUUAUUUUACAAAUGCAAACGUAAAAAGAAGAUUGUCCUUUCUCCGGAAAUUCUUCGAUAAGGAUAGAGAUUACGACCCGCCUUGCCUCCGUUCCACUCGAAAAAUGCACAAAUACUCAAAUGUAAAAAUCAUAGACAUUUAUGCAUAAGUGGCCAUCGAUUUCGAAAGAUACGAACAAUAAGCUGAAAUUAGUGACGAGUACAAAAAACAAAUUACUUUACAAGAACUAUUGUUAUUAUUACAUUUGUAGAUUAGUUUCUUAAGAUAUUUUAAUAAAUCUGAUAAUACAUAUGUAUGAUCGUUUUCUUGCAAACUUUCCUGUAAUGUCAUCCCUCC